GCUCACUGCCCCGGGCUUGGCAUGAUUAGUCAGCGCCAGUCUCAUCCCCGCGGUUGCCCCGCGAAAAGCUUCGAGCCAUCUGCGCGCCGACCGCAACCUCUUCGCUUCGAGAGAUACAGACAGAUAGCUCUCGUCCACGUCGCCCGUUCUACCCGCUGCUAUGGCGCCGAACCCGCCGCAGACACUGUCCGUCAAGCGGAAGCGCACCGAACCCCCGGUCGACUCCAUAGUCGUGCAAGAACAGGACAAGAAGCGACUGAAAAGCGAAACGUACGCCUGGCGCCUCGUACAGAAAGCUGGUCCCAAGACAGUUCCUCAGGCGCUCCCGUCUCCUGCGCUCGAGGCACCUCGCUUCCUUCAUUAUCACUCCACGACCGGCAAUCGCGUCAUCUUGGAAGCCAAACCUAGAGUUGAUAAUCAAGGUGUUGGAGCGAGCAAGGAGGGCCAGGUUCCGACACUACCGGAGGUCAAGCAGCCGGAACCAGCCUCGCAAGCGGAAACUCCUCGCCCUCGAAAGCGUCCUGGUGCAGGUUCGGCACUGCACCAUACGAGGCGGGCGCCUGCGGAAAAGAAGGUGGAGCAGAAUGGCCCUUCAGAAGACGAGGUCCGCCAAUUCGAGCAGUUUUCGGAGCAGGUCGAGAACGAUGAGCUGAAAGCUUCCAAACCUCCGUCGAGUCCUUUGAAGUACAAACCCAAGGUCCCCGCCCUUCGCUACAAAGACCGGCAUCCGGACAAGGCCGCGGCUCUUGGAAUACACGACCCGGAUGCUAUGGAUGUGGAUGAAUACGUGUACGAUACCUACGUUCGGGAGAUAGUUAUGCCCGAUGCGGACGGGAAGCUGCCCGAACCCCAGGGUACCGUUGGUUACAUCGUUAUCAACGAAGAGGACGAGGAAUGGUGGAAUGGGGACGAUGAAAGCGAUAGGGAGUUUGACACCGAUGAUGAAGAUGAGAACGCCGAGGACUACUACGCCAACGACUACCCAGAGGAUGAGCUCAGCUCCGAUGACGAGUAUGACCGGAACCUGUAUCAGAAGAAAUACCGUCAUGGAUCAGAUAAUGAAGAUUUCAACUUGGACGACGAGGACGAUGAUGCUGGCGCUCGAAGCGACGAAGAUGAAGAUGACGAGCACUUUCGUCGCAUUGCUCCGCCGUCCAGGCCAGGGUACUGGGGCCGGGUUGGGGAGUGAUGAAUUGAGCUUUUCGCGAGCGCUCUUGGUUAUGUCGUGCCUGAUAAAUGACGGAGAGGUGCCGCAUAGUAGAAUAUCAAGAGCUACAAGAUACCCAUUGCACUAGGCGGUUUGCACGAAAAUAGGCUCGAUAGAUCUAGAAAUACGGAAAUGUCAGGCAACCCAAUGGAAUCCCUGCAACGGAUCUUAGGCCUCCAUUUUGGUAUUGAUUCAACCCUAUCACAGCCUCACAAACUACC